AACAUUGUGAUAUGCAGAACAAUUACAAUGAAACAGCUAAAUGGGAAUGAAUAUUUUUAAACAUUGCUCUAAACAUUGCUCUAUUUUUUUAUUUUUUUUUUAUGAUUACAGCAUCACCAAUCAGGAUUGUGCUAUUGGGAAAAAGUGAGAACCAACAGGCAAAACUUGGUAACUCCAUCAUCAGAGAUCGUCCUUUUCAUCAACAAAAACUUCAGACCAAUCACUCAGAGGCCCACAGUGGGGACUGGAGAGUAAUCCCAGUAACAAUAGUGAAAACUCCAAACAUGUUCAGUCUGUCUGAGGAGGCUGUGAGAAGAGAGGUGAAGAGCUGUGUGAGUCUUUGUCCUCCUGGACCAAAUGUUCUGCUGCUGUUAGUGAAACCUUCUGAUUUCACUGAAGAGAACAGACAAACACUGAAGUUCAUACUGAGUUUGUUUGGUCAAGAUGCUUUCAAACACUCGAUGGUCAUCAUGACACACAGAGAGGAUAUACAAAGACCUGUAAAGAAGCUGAUUGAAGACUGUGGAGGAAGAUGCAUCAAUAUGCUUAGAGACAGUGAUAGUCUGUUAAUGGAGAGGAUUGGAUAUAAUGUGUGUGCGAAUAAUGGAAACUUCCUCACCUUCACUGAAGAGUCCACAAGACCAAAGUCUGAACUCAACAAACCAGCUUUAAACCUGGUUCUGUGUGGGAGAAGAAAAUCAGGAAAGACUUCAACAGCAAAGGCCAUUUUAGGUCAGACAGGUCUUCAUUCAGUCUCCAGCUCAUCAGAGUGUGUUAAAUAUCAGGGAGAGGUUUGUGGACGUUGGGUUUCCCUGGUGGAGCUUCCUGCCUUGUGUGAAAAACCACGGGAGGACGCGAUGAUGGAAUUACUCAGAUGUGUCUCACUCUGUGAUCCUGAAGGUGUCCACGCCUUCAUCCUGGUCCUACCUGUGGGUCCACUCACUGAUGAGGACAAGGGAGAGUUAGAGGCCAUCCAGAACACAUUUGGGUCUCAAGUCAAUGACUUCACCAUGAUCCUGUUCACGUCAGAGUCAGAUCCCAAAGAUCCAGCUGUAGUUAACUUUGUAGAAAAAAGCAAGGAAAUCACAGAAAUCAUUCAGAGAUGUGGAGGGAGAUCUUUUGUUCUCAACAUCAAGGACAACCAGCAGAUACCAGAGCUGUUGAAUUCUUUGGAAAAGAUGAGGAUCAGAGAAUCCAGAUACUUCACCAAAGACAUGUUCAUUCAGGCUCUGAUUGAAGAACUUUCUAGACUUAAACUUCAGGAUGUGAAACAGAGAAGGGCUGAUAAUGAGACCCAGAGCAGAGAAUGUCUCAGGAUAGUUCUGAUUGGAAGGACUGGCAGCGGAAAAAGUGCGACAGGAAACAACAUUUUGGGAAAAGAUUGUUUUUUCUCUGAUUCCAGCUCAAAGUCUGUGACCAAGGCUUGUGAAAAAGCAACUGGAGAGAUUGAUGGUCAGCCUGUGGCUGUGGUCGACACCCCUGAUUUGUUUGACACAGCUCUGUCUGAUGAGGAUGUUCAGCAGGAGCUUGUGAAAUGCAUCAGCAUGCUGGCUCCUGGACCUCAUGUGUUCCUGCUAGUGCUGCAGAUCGGCCGCUUCACUAAGGAGGAAAAAGACUCAGUGGAACUGAUCCAAAAAUAUUUUGGAAAGCAUGCAGUAGAUUUCAUCAUUGUUGUAUUCACCAGAGGUGAUGAUCUCAGUCAGUCAACUGAGAGUUACUUUAGAAACUCUGAUGAGGUAUUGAAAAAACUGAUCCAGGACUGUGGAGGAAGAUACCAGGUCUUCAAUAACAAGAACCAGACAGACCGCACACAAGUCAGACAGUUACUGACUAAAGCAAACAAAAUGCUUGAAGACAAUGGCGGCAGCUUCUACACAUCUGAUAUGUUCCUGGAAGCCGAGGCGGCGAUAGAGGAAGAAGUGGAGAAGAUCCUGAAAGAAAAGGAAGAAGAAAUGCAGAGACAGAAGGAGAGGCUUCAGAGAAAACAUGAAGAAGAAAUGGAAGAAAUGAAGAAAAGAAUGGAGAAACAGAGGAAAGAAAGUGAACAGCAGAGAGAGAAACAACUCAGAGAAAUGGAGGGAAAAAUCAACAAGGAGCGAGAAAAGAGGAAGAAAGAGCAGGAAAAGAGAGAAGAGGAGGACAGGAAGAGAAAAAGGCAGGAUGAACUUAAACAGAAAGAGUGGGAGGAAAAACUUCAAGAACUGGAGAGAAAAAUAAAGUUAGAAUCAGAGGAAAAAAAAAACAUUGAUAAAAAGUGGGAACAGAGCAGAGAAGAGCUGAGAAAACAGCGAGACGACUGGGAGAGGGAAAGAACUGAAUGGUGGAAGCAGAGAAGGCUUGAAAAUGAGAAAAUACGACAUAAAGAACAGUUAAAAAUUAAAAAGCUUCAAGAGGAGUAUGAUCAGGAAAGAGAAAAAGUUGAGAAAAAGAGAAGAGAGGACGAUCAAAGACAAAGAGAACAGGAGGAGAAGGAGAGAAGAGAACUAGAGGAAAACUAUAAGAAAAAAAUGGAGGACAUGAAGAAGAGGAAUGAAGAGGAGGCCAGAAAACAAGCUGAAGAAUUCAUUGAGUUCAGAAAAAAUUACAACAAAGACUUUGCUGCACUAGAAGAGAAACGCAUGAAGGAAAUGCGCAAAUUGAAGAAAAAGCAUGACAGACAACUGUACGAGGAAGAGAGGAGACAUAAGAAACAGUACAGGCUGUUACAAGAAGAAAGAGAGGAUCUGAGGAAAAAACAUGAGCAAGAUGUGAAAGAAAUAGAGGAUCUGAGGAAAAAGCUGUGGAUGUAUCAUGUUUUGCAUAUAAGUGUAUUACUAAUAUACUCACUUAUUUAUAUAUAUACUACUACAAAGCUGUCCUUGGGUAACCUCUGAUCGAGUUAGGUUUUGUUAGGUCUUGAGAAAGGAUGUUGUGGAUGUCCCAAGAGGGCAGUGUUUACUGACCAGUAUGAGUGUUUAGUGUGAUAAGUGAGGCCAAAACAAUAUCUGCACUCCCCACUGUUCAGUUUCAGGAGACUACGAUGGAAUAACAGGAAAUGUUUUGUAAGAGACAAGCUGAAGAAAAAGCAUGAUGAAGGACUUAAAGAAAAAGAGGAUCUGAAGAAAAAGCAUGAGCAAGAAAUAAAUGAACUUGAAGAUGAAGAUGUUUCUUAAUGAUUUAAUGAUAAUAGUCAUAUAGGAUGUUAAGAUGCUUAAAGUGUUGAAUGAGGCCACAAAAUGACUUCGUACAUCGGAUAAAAACAGUGUGUCUGUCCUUGCAAAUACAUUUUCCUCCCAACAUUCAUUGGAAACAAAGUUACAACAAUUAAGCUAAUCUUCAGUCAUGUGACUGAUGUGGAAGCCUGGAGGGCAAAAAGAGUUGAGGGAAGUGGCAGCUUUCAUUGAAUUCUCCAUGAAGCUGCUACAGGGCUUUUUAAAAAAUUCUAUCUCUUCAAAACAACAUGUUUACACUUAAUGUAAGCAUUAGAAAAACAAGAUAUUAAGAUGAAUAUGUUUUGGACACUUGUGGCCCUCUGUACUGUAACAGUUUCAUUUAGUCAGACAGGAGCGUUUGUUUACCUGCUUUACAUGUUUCAGCUACUUCCUGUAGCCUUCCUCAGAAGCGUCACAUGAUGGUGCUGUGACGUGUCUUGUAGGCUGCUUAUAUGGUUUUGUCAGACAGUAGGGGGAAGCUUACGCCUCCUACCGUCUAACACCUUCUCCAGGACCGCAUGCCAUGUGUGUGACAAGGUGUAGGCUCCCUCGUCCCAGUUCAUGCUCCUCGGACCUCGUUUGCGGAUCUCGAUGUCCUCUUUGGUUCUUUUCCAGAGUGGCAGAGGACCUCAAACACAUCACCAUAGAACCAGAUGAAAUACUCAUAUCCCACGAUGUACUAUCUCUGUUCACAAAGACCCCGGUUGAAGCCACUCUCAACAUUGUACAUAGCAGACUCAGCAAGGACAAAUCACUCCCAAAAGGAACCAAACUCACAACAGAAUACAUGACACUCCUCAGAUUCAUAGCCACAUCCACUUAUUUUCAAUACCAAGGAACAGUAUACAAACAAAAAGAACGAUUUGUAAUGGGAGACCCACUAUCAGCAAUAAUGAGUGCUUUUUUUUAAUGAAAGACCUGGAACAACAAGCCAUCACCACAGUACCAUCUGACUGCAGAAUCACACUCUGGAAAAGAUAUGUUGACAACUUUCUGGAAAAAUCAAAACAGCCCACACACAACAGCUCACAGACCAUCUGAAUACCAUUGACCACACUGGCAGCAUUAGAUUCACACACGCAGAGGAGUCAAACAAAGAAACAGCAUUUUUGGACCUUAAAAUACACCACAACAACGACGGCAGCUUGAACAUAAAAAUACAUAGGAAACCCACACACACAGACCAAUACCUACUAUGGACAUCUGAGCACCCAACAGCACAUAAACUGUCAGUAGUCAGGACACUAUAUAACCAGACCACCAUCAUCACAGACACUCAGGACAAGGAGGAGGAGGAGGCACACAUACACAAUGCACUCACCAAAUGUCAUUAUCCACAAUGAGCUAUAGACAAAGGAAAACAGCAGGCACCAAACACCGAAAAGAAAAAGAGGAAACAGAACACUCACAGCAUCAACAAACCUGCCAUAGUCACGUUAACAUACAUCAGGGGGUCACAGAACGCAUACAGAGGGCCAUGAGGAAACACAACAUAAACACACCUGUCAAACCUCACACAAAACUCAGUUACUAGUCCAAAAGGACAGAAUACAGCCAGAACACAAAUGUGAUGUAAUAUGUGAGAUACCAUGUCUAUCUUGCAAUAAAACAUAUGUGGGGGAAACAGGAAGACCUUUUGGGACUCGGAAAAAAAGAACACCAAAAGAAUGCGAAAAAGAAACUGUAAACGGACAAACAAGAGCAAUAAGAGACCAAGCAGAGCAGGAAAACUUGAAAUCAGCAAAUCAAAUAUCUGACCACUGCAAAAGACAAAACCACAUCGUGGACUGGAAAAACGCCAGGGUCAUCCAUGCCAAAAGCAACAAAUACCACCGCUGGAUCAGAGAGGCCAUCGAGACCUGCAAACGAGGUCCGUGGGGCAUGAACCGGGACGAGGGAGCCUACACCUUGUCACACAAGGUAGGGGGCGUAAGCUUCCCCUACUGUAUGACAAAACCAUAUAAGCAGCCUACAGGACACGUCACAGCACCAUCACGUGACACUUCUGAGGAAGGCUACAGGAAGUAGCUGAAACAGGUAAAGCAGGUAAACAAACGCUCCUGUCUGACUAAAUGAAAUUUUUACAGUACAGUUUAAACAAAAGACAGAAUGAAUCCUUACCUAAGACUUGUGGCCCUCAUUCAGCACCCUGGAGCACCCUGGACAUUGUUGGAAUCACAAAGAAAACAACAUUGCACUCACCAGACCUUGACUUCAGUGGUGUUGACAACUAUUUAGUGGAGAAAAUUUUCCUGCCAGGAAAAAAAAUCUACAAAAAUACAGACAGCUUUUCUUGUAUUUCCAGUGUUGCUGGGUCAGUAAUAAUGCAGUUUAGGAAGUGAAGAGCAAAUCAUUCAUUAUCAUAAAAGACUAGUGUUAAUAAAGUAGUGUUGAUAGGUAUUGUUCACUAACAGCAGCUUUAGGAUCUCUGUUCACACACUUAAUGGAUAUUUAAUAAGAAAAGCUUUUGGUAGAAAAAAAGUGUACAGGUGUUUUCUCUUGAGACUUUAUAAAUCAAAAUGAUGAGAAUGGAUUUUUUUUAUUAACCAUGUAAAACUUGAAUGUUUAAUAUUCUUGCAAUAAUGGUGACAGAGAAAUAAUAGUCCUCUGUUUUACCAGUGACCAGCCUGAAGUUGUUUGUUUUGGUGAUGUUAGAUCUUCUUUCACAGUUCAGCUCCAGCUUUGCAGCUCUGUUCUGAAUCUGACUGUUUUCUGACCAUACAGCUGGACAGAAGUACAAUAAGACAGGACAAUCUAACCUGUGUGUUUUGUCUCUUUGAUUUAUCAGAUUGUUUGUUUUGGAAAGUGUUGUCUCUCUACAUUCUCCCUGAAUCAGUGUGAAUAGAAGAUAACUUUCCUACAAUUGUUAAUAUUUCUGUCUAAAAUUUCUGGGAACAUCACCACAGACCCACAGUUUUGAUAACUAAAGAUUGUAAAUACAAGUCACUGUUGUAUGUAUUGAUUCCAGUCACAGUUGUAAAUAUUAUUUGUGAGUGAUAAAUUUAGUUUUUGAAAUAGAUUUUUUUAUAAGAUGAUGUAAAUGACUACUGAGUGGCAGCAUCACACUGAUGUGGAUCUCUUUGCUUCAAAUUGUUUUUUUUAUUGAAAUGUUCCUAACAAGCAGUCACAGUUUUCUGUUUCCCUCAAACUUGGUGGAAACUGGAAACCAAAAACUUUUUUGUCUUAGUGUGUCUGAUCAAUACAGAAUUGUAACAAAUCUCUUGUUUGAACCAAUGUCCAUGCUGAAUAAUUGUAGUGAAAUAGAUUUCCAUUGCAGGUGAUGAUUUUUUAAAUCUUUUCUUUGGUUGUUUUGUUGCUACUAAUUAUGUAAUGGUUUUGUCUUUCCAGCAAGUUUUACCUAACAUGUUUGAAACUGUGUCAUCUGUUAAAUAUUUUCUGUUUGCAUGUUUGAAUAUUCAGUGAGCAAACAAAAACAUACUAUUGAGCUCGCUGACACAAGAGGGCGCUUUGUGUAUAUGAACUGUCUUGUUCCUGACUGGCUGACUUUUGUGAUUGUAUGUGUAUUUUCUUUUUUGAUGUUUAAUUUGAAUACCAAAUUAAAUCUUAAUUUGGUAUUUUUAAUCAUUGAUCUUAUUUUUAAAUUUUCCUAAAUAAAUGUUUGGAAAGGAGAACGUGUCUC